UGGCGGCAGCUUCUUCGAUCCCUCCUUCGCGAGGCAUCCUAUCUCCCGGAUCCAGUCGCCAAAGUUUACAUGCAAUGCCAUGUCCUUGACCGAUUCCGAAAAUAUGCGGACAAUGCCAGAUUCAGACGGCAGGAGGAUCUGUGGCGACGCUGGCAACUGCAGAAGCAGGCCAGUAAGAGCCUGUCGCUGCUACAAAGAGCCAAUGAAGGAUACCCGAAACCACUAGAGAAGGUCUUGCGCAUGGCAUAUGGUCGCAGUGGGACUCGAAGAUUGGAACUUGUUCGAGACCUGAUUGCUGGACACACUCCGUCGUCUGAGACUCCGCCCAAAUCCUUGCAGGAUCUUCUGGAUAAGAAACUACUGACGGAGGACUGGAAGCCUCCUCCUAUCAUUGUUGAACUUGUCAAUGCCCAGCAGGUCAACAGCAUGAUCCCGCAUCUGAAUGGAGCCCUCAAAAUCAAGAAAUUCGAACGCAUUAUCCCCAAACAGAAUUCCUGGGCCAGGCCGGUUCCGAAUUGCCGACGAAGGAACAUUAGGAGGGAUUGGUAUCGCAAAGUGCUAUCCAACUGUCUUCCACCACUUCCCCACGACGAUCUUGAAAUUCUUGAAGGCCUGAUCUCGGGCCGUUUGCCAUGGACGCCGCCCAAGAGAAGGAAGGCCAUCGGAGCCGCCCCUGCUCCUACUUCUGAGACCAACCUCGAUGUCGAGUUCCUGGUGGAUGGUCCCAAGAAGGGUCCGACGUUCAGGCCUUAUACCGACGGGCGACCUCAUGUGCUCACACGUCGGUUCAUGGUUAGGACUUGGAUGCGCAUAUCUGCUCUCAUACCUCGCUUGUCCAUGGUGACUAAGAUCCACCCCAAGACUGGCGUUGAGACUCGGAAGCCAUGUUUUGCAUGGGACUGGAGUCCACCAGCCAAGGUAGCUCUUCCGGUGAGAGAGGAUAUGGCAGCUGAUAUAUUUGAAGGAGUCGAUUCUCAAGGGAGGCUGCUC